AUGUGGCGCGAUAGAACAAAUCUCUUCAUCUCAUAUCGCCAGUCCUAUUCACAUCACCCUACCACCAAAAAGUCACGAAUUGCAGGAGGCUUCGCCGACAAUGCCGCCGAAUCAGAGGAAACCAGAGGACUCAUGUCCGCUGGUGCUUUCGACGACCGAGAUGCUGUAAUCGAAAUGGACCGUCUACCGCCGCGCUGGCUCGAUGUCCAGGACCAAGUCAACGAGUGGUUGGACAACAUCUCCAAACAAAUCAAGAAGCUGGAUCAGCUAUGUCAGAAGCAUGUCCUGCCAGGCUUCGAUGAUGAGCAGGUCAAGAGAAGGGAAGAGCGUGAGAUCGAAGCCAUGACACAAGAGAUCACUAGAGGCUUCCAGACCUGUCAACGAGCCAUCCGUCGCAUCGACAACAUGGUCAAGGAGUCGCACCAGACCGGAAGUCUAAGCAGAGGAGAAGAGACCAUGGCACAGAACCUCAAGGUCUCGUUAGCUACCAAGGUCGGAGAUAGCAGCGCAUUGUUCCGGAAGAAGCAGUCUGCAUACCUCAGGAAACUACGUGCGCUCGGUGGCAUGAACUCACCCCUCGAUCGAGCCGCCUCUCCAGUCCAGAACCCGUACACUGACCCCUCCCUUAUGGACUCCGAGAUCGACCGCAGCUCCGCGCAAACCACUCUUCUACAAACCAAGCAGAAACAACGCUCUACCGGUUUGCACGAUUCGACCAUUGCCCAGCGGGAACGCGAGAUCGAGGACAUCGCACAAGGAAUCAUCGACUUGUCCAACAUCUUCCAGGAGCUGCAGACCAUGGUCAUUGACCAGGGCAGCAUGCUGGAUCGCAUUGAUUACAAUGUUGAAAACAUGACGACUGAAGUCAAAGCUGCGGACAAAGAAUUAAAGGUUGCCACAGGUUACCAGAAGAAAUCGACAAAGCGGAAGAUCAUCUUGCUGCUAGUCCUGGUAGUUGCUGGCAUGUUCAUCUUGUUGAUGCUCAAACCCAAAAGCCGCAGCGCUCCAGCUGUGACUCCUGCACCUCCUGCGCCUCCACCCAUCACACCGCCGGAGCCUGCUAUACGACCUCCGGAACGACUACGGCGGAACCUGGUCUCAGACAAACUCACAGGUACAAGGAAAGAUUGGCGAAGGCGGAAGCAAGCAUCUAUUGAGUUUGCGAGUUUCCAAUAA